CUUUUAUAUCGAUUCUUUUAAUUAGCAAAUAUAUGUAGAUCCGCUCACGGUUUGAGUUAGCUUCGCUAUCAGAUGCAGAAUUGGCCGGAGCCGGAGUAAAUUCGUGAUUCGAACCUAUCAAUACUUCCCAGUCCCCACCCAAAUCGAAAUUGUAAAUGAGGAAGGGGAGUCUCGUUCCCUUCUCUUCUUGAGCCAACCAGUCCUAAUUCGCAAAAAAAUUCAGACCUACAACUAGAAUAGAAAUCUAACCCUGAAGUGCCACUAAUCCGAAUUAAAAUUGAACCGAAAUCAUUGAAAUUGGAACUCAGCGAUCGGUUCAGCCGUUCAGGUUGAUUCCCUACUCUAGGGAUCAAAACCGCGGGUUCCGAGUCCAGACAGCAUCGUGGCCUGGGCGGGUCUGCGUAUAUAUCUGCUCAGCAUGAUUGUUGCGUGUUUUUUAAAAGCCGAAUGCUUUCUCGAUCUCGAUGCUAUGCAGCAGGAAAACGACUUUACUUCGUCUUCACUUCUGUAACGUCUCGUCUUUUGGUUCUUUCCCUUUUACUCUCUUUCCCCUGUUCAGUCUGUGAGAGGAAAUUCAAGCUGCAUUGCUUCUCAUCUAUGCAGCUUUACCAUUUCUGAAUCUUCGGGUUUAAUCCUUUGAUUACCUUUGUUUUCUAAUGGUAAUAUUUUUAGCCUUUUGUCUUUCUUCAAAGCAAUGGGCCAUGGCAAUAGCUAUUGUCAGGGUUAGAUGGAAUAUUGCAUGAGCUUGGGAAGACCGACUGGUUGCUUGCCUCAAUGGACAAGAUGCAUUAGUUAUUUAGUUUAUCCAUCUUCUCUCAAUCUUGCUUACAUAGCAAAAUAGAUGCCUCCUUUUGGAUUUGAUGAUAUCUGCCUUCACCAAAAGAAAGAACAUAUUGGAAUUUGUCAUUCAUUAUCCUGUGAAGCUUGAGGCUAGGGAAUGUGCAUAGAUGGAACACAAUGUGAGUCUAACGGGUGAAGACCACUCCAUAUCACAGAACAAUAACAUGAAGAAAUCAGACAUCCACAGAAGUUAUGCUAGUAGUAGAGAUAUUAUAACUGGGAAUGAGCUUUGGACAGAUGGGCUUAUUUGUGCCUUUGAAUUUGUCCGAGGACAUGGUAGGAGAUCAAUAAAUUCUAAGUCUACCAUAAGCAAACAAAUAGACAGCGUGCAUGCAAAUGGAAUAAAAGAGUCUUCUUCCCCAAGACUGGAUCGGAACAAACUGUUGGAAUCCUCGUCCAUUUGUGAGUCUAGGGGUAAUCAGAGUGCUCCUUUAAGUGAAUAUAAAGACAGCCUGAUCGAUCAAUCAGGACAAUAUCAUGCUGUGGAAAGAUCUGGGGAUACUCGUUGGGUACCCAUUGGUUGGGCUAGAAUCUCAGAACUUGUUAAAAUGGUGCAAACUGAUGCAAACUGGGCUACGCAGCAACUGGAGUUGAUGGAUGAAGAAGAUGGUCUUACUGUUGCAGAAUUAGCAGCUCCCUACUGGGAGCGCCCCGCAGGGCCCAUAUGGUGGUGCCAUGUUGCUGCAGGUCAUCCCUCUAUCCAGGCCUGGCUCAGCAAUGCUCAGUGGUUACAUCCUGCAAUUAGUUUAGCUUUGAGAGAUGAAAGUCGAUUGAUAAGCGAACGGAUGAAACACCUUUUUUAUGAGGUCCCAGUAAGGGUUGCUGGAGGGCUGCUGUUUGAACUCUUGGGGCAAUCAGUUGGUGAUCCAUUUGUUGAAGAGGAUGACAUUCCUAUUGUGAUGCGCUCUUGGCAAGCACAAAAUUUUCUAAUCACUGCAUUGCACAUAAAAGGGCAUGUGUCAAAAGUAAAUGUUUUGGGCAUCACUGAAGUUCAGGAGAAUCUUUCUGCUGGAGGUUAUAAUUCUCCAAGAACAGUGCAUGAAAUCAUAGCACUACUAGCAUGCCGCCUUACUCGGUGGGAUGAUAGGUUAUUUCGCAAGUCCAUAUUUGGGGCAGCAGAUGAGAUCGAAUUGAAAUUUAUGAACAGGAGAAACCAUGAAGAUAUGAAUCUCUUCAGUAUUAUUUUGAACCAAGAAAUCAGAAGGUUAUCAAGACAGGUUAUUAGAGUGAAAUGGUCACUCCAUGCAAGAGAGGAGAUUGUUUUUGAGCUGCUUCAUCAGUUGAGAGGAAAUGCAACAAGAGCAUUUUUAGAGGAAAUAAGGAAGAGCACUAGAGAAAUGAUGGAGGAGCAAGAAGCAGUUCGUGGUCGCUUGUUUACCAUUCAAGAUGUCAUGCAAAGCACGGUUCGGGCAUGGUUGCAGGUUUGUACAGGAGAAAAAGAAAUGGAUAGACAAGGGAUAGAAGCCUACGUGUAACCCAUAAUUUGGCUGUUUUUGGAGGCUGCGGCCUUGUUCUUUCAAUCAUUACUGGGUUGUUUGGAAUCAAUGUGGAUGGGAUCCCUGGAGCGAACAAUACACCAUAUGCAUUUGGUCUGUUUGCAGCUCUCCUGGUGUUCAUAGGUGUGGUGCUAAUUGCAGUUGGGUUGCUUUACCUUGGUUUGAAGCAACCCAUCACUGAAGAGAAGGUUGAAGUAAGAAAGUUGGAAUUGCAAGAACUAGUGAAGAUGUUUCAGCAUGAGGCAGAGACUCAUGCCCAGGUUCACAAAAAUGUGUAUCGAAGCAACUUGACCCCUACUUCUGGAGAUGACGUGGAUUAUCUUCUCGUCCAAUGAAGACGUGGAUUAUUGUAAUCAGUAAAAUGGAGUCUUGAACGCUUUGACGGCGGGAGUAACAUUGGUGAAUUGGCAAUGAUCAAUUUCACUUGUAAACAUGGUCUUGGUUCCCUAGGCUUUAAUGGUUAUAGUCCAAAGAAAGAAAAAAGAAUAAAUUUCAUACAUAGGAAUAAGCUUAUACAUAGUUAGCAUCUAUAUCCAUCAACCACUGAGAUAGAAAAAAGCGAUUGUGUACUUUCAACUUGACAGAAGAGAAAUGGUACUGUCGCCCAGAUCCUGAAACCUAUCUUCCUCUUGUAUUAGAUACAAAGCUUGUGAUGAUCUUUUAAUUUCUAGAUGGUUUGCUUCUGUCUCA